GCGAGAUUAAACCACGUGAUGAUUCUUUCAGCCUUACCAAGAAAUCGUAAAUCUCGCGAUAUUUCAUUCUAUUUUUCGUGCAUCUUUCGACCGGCAAAAUGAGUAGAAAACAGACACCAAGUGAAUUUUUGAAGCAAAUUAUUGGUCGACCUGUUGUAGUAAAACUGAACUCCGGUGUGGACUACAGAGGUGUGCUGGCCUGUUUGGAUGGGUACAUGAACAUUGCAUUGGAGCAGACAGAGGAAUAUGUGAAUGGUCAACUAAAGAACAAAUAUGGCGAUGCCUUUAUCAGAGGAAACAAUGUGUUAUACAUUAGUACACAGAAGAGGAGAGUAUGAAGAUCUGAGUUAGCGGUGUUGAAGAAAGCGAGUGUAUGUGUGGAGUGUGAGAGUGUACCAGGUAUAUGUGACGUGUGUUAUGAUAUGGAAGAUGGAUGGCUGUGUGGGCUGCUGGAAAUCAUACAAAGGGAAGCAACUGCGACAUUAAAAAGUGCUCGGAACCAUAACAACACAGAGUCAAUGGACAAGUGCAUACUGAUAGAUGAGAAUUUGGACUUCGGGGGGAAAACAAACUCUUAUAAACUCAUUAUCAUUAUUGGCUAAGUUUGCAAAGUGUUCUCAAGUAAUUUUUUUUAGGCCACCUAAUGUCAGACAAUUGAUUCAAUUGUCUAUUGAAGUCGUCGGUCUCUGUAUUUAAUGAACAACUAAACUACAAAUAUGUUUGGACAUUUUUACUGGUAAAAUAUUUCGAAUAUUUCAUAAAAAAAGUUAUUUUGAUGUUUAGAUUUUGUUUAGGACCAUGAAAGUAAACUUACUCUGCCAUUUUGAUAUUUUCAAAUGUGUGAUGUCUGUGUUGAGCAGAUAUCGCAUCAUCUUAAACUUAAAUUUUUCAUAAUUACUGCAUAUUAUGUUUCAUCUCAUUGUUCAUGAUAUGUAAAUUUUAUCCUUUUACAUGAAUCUAAUAAAACAGUUGUUUUUGUA